AUGAGUGAUUCGAAACUUGCAGGAUCAGUAAAUCAGCUUUCAAUAUCUUCAGGCUCGACCCUGCCAAGCAGUGCAAACCCUGGACGUCAACAGUUAUUAAAACUAGCAGUUUCCAAUCAACGCCAAGUAAACUAUCCUGUGACAAAGAAGGACAGUAGAGGAUUAGAAAGCAAACGGUAUUCUUCCAGUAAACAAAAAGAUGAGCCAAUUGCAGGUGUUCCUUCGCCGAUGGGACCUCAAUGGCGGGAUUUUCAUAUAGGCAUGUUUGAAAUAGGAAAGCCGCUCGGGAAAGGAAAGUUUGGGAGAGUCUAUUUAGCAAAGGAAAAGAAAACUGGAUUUAUAGUUGCUUUAAAAACGUUGCAUAAAUCCGAGCUCAUUCACUCAAGAAUUGAAAAGCAAGUGAGAAGAGAAAUUGAAAUUCAAUCGAAUUUGAGACACAGAAACAUUCUUCGUCUAUUUGGUCAUUUUCAUGAUGAAAAAAGAAUUUUUUUAAUUCUCGAAUUUGCCGGGAGAGGGGAAUUGUACCAGCAUCUUCGAAGAGCAUCUAGAUUUCCUGAAAGUACUGCUGCUAAAUAUAUCUAUCAAAUGGCAAAUGCUUUAGCCUAUUUACACAAAAAACAUGUUAUUCAUAGAGACAUUAAGCCUGAGAAUAUAUUGCUCGGUAUUGACGGUGAAAUCAAGCUGUCCGACUUUGGAUGGAGUGUACAUGCACCUUCCAAUCGCCGGACAACACUAUGUGGUACUUUGGAUUACCUUCCCCCUGAAAUGGUCGAAGGUAAGGAACACACUGAAAAGGUUGAUUUGUGGUCUUUGGGUGUGCUGACUUAUGAAUUUAUCGUAGGAGCACCCCCAUUUGAGGACGUAUCUGGUCACUCGGCCACCUACAGACGAAUUGCAAAAGUGGAUUUGAAAAUUCCUAGCUCUGUCUCGCCUGAAGGAAGGGAUUUAAUUAGUCGUCUGUUGCGACAUAGUCCUGAACAGCGGAUUUCCUUAGAGCAGGUUGUCAAGCACCCUUGGAUUCUGAAAUUCAAAGCUUCUUGGAAUCCCGAUCAGUAA